GGCUCUCUCCUUUAUGAGAUGGGCUGGUCGGCUGGAAGUAGAAGGGUCAUGAGGCUUGGCUUGGUCUCUGGCUCAGUCAGCGCCCACUGAAGCAAGAGCCUGACCCUCCUCUCCCUGCUCAGGUACUGCUGCAUCUGUGUACUGCAAAUAUUUCCUUUCUCAAGCCACUGUAUAUCCAUGGAGACCCCUGGCUUGAAAUCGCAGCUUAUCCAGAUGGAGAUCCCUGGCUUCCCAUGGAAGAAGCAUCAGCCGGAUCCCGAUGGCUGCACCAAGCUGGAGCUUCAGGCCGGCGGCAUCAAGCCAAAGGUGGAGCCCUGCGAGGAGCAGGAGCGCUCGCCGCCGCUGCCACCGCCGGCUCCAGACGACUGGGAGGUCACCCCGCUCUCCGGCGACCACCCCUUCUUCACCACCGUCAUGUCCAAGAGUCAGGUCCAGAAGCAGUUCCAGCUGGUCAUCCCGGCUCGUCUGCACCGCCACCUCCCGGAGGCGCGCGUCCCCGCGGUGCUCCUCUGCCGCGGCCGGUCGUGGGCGGCGAGUUAUUGCGGCGACCUCAAGUGCAAGAAGAUCGACGCGGCGUGGAGGGACUUCGCCCUCGACAACGCGCUACGGGUCGGGGACGCCUGCGUCUUCGAGCUCACCGCGGCCGCUGCCGGGAGUACUGGAAGUGAGGGCGAUGGGGAGGUGGUGUUCCGGGUGCAGGUGCUCCGCGGCGGCCUGCCGGAGGAGAUCACCUCCAAGGGCGCCACCUCCGACGAGCCCCUCGUCAUCGUGGACUAGAAACCGCUGCUUCUGUGGCUGUAGUUUAGCAGUAGUACAGGGACAGUCGUUGCGUGCGUCAGCAGAGGAGAUCACGAGAGAUUCAGGAGCUUUUGGUGUUUUGCUUGUUUGCCCCUUUCGUUCUGCGCCGUCUGAUCAUCCCUGCAAGAAGCUAGCUCAUCAGGUUGUUUGUUUGGAGUAGCUCAUCUCAGAACAUCAGAUUGCAAAUUCACUGCGAUGUGAAGAGCAGUGUGGCCUCGUGCAGUCAUACUGGAAAAUGAAGCGGUAUUAUGUUGUGUUA